AUGGGAGUUUUACGAAAAACCUCCAAAAUUUCUGGAGCAAUUUUGCGGCGUUGCUCAACUGCUCCAUUAACAGCUCCAUCAUCUUCUUCAACUUCAUCAACAGACAUUGCCAACUCAUUUUUACAAGAUCAUAUUAGACAAAUGCAGGUUUGUGGGGGAUUUUCGAGCAUUUUAACCAUCGUGAAAUUUUAUGAACUUUGACCCAAAAGUUCAUGAAAAAUCGAUAACUUCUUUAUUUUCAGACAGAUAUUCUGGAAAAGCUAAUACCACAUGAUUCUUCGGGAAAUGUUGAGAAUUUGGGAGAUUUGAAUGUGACGUCGAAUUUGGGAAAAAUGACCGAAUAUUAUUUUAUGCAGGUAAGGUUAAAACUCUACAAGGAUAAUCCUGAAUUCGACAGGCCUAUUUCUCAAUUUUGCAGGGUGGAAAAAUGUUGCGACCUACGGUUUCUUUAUUAAUGGCAAGUGCUUGUAAUUCAUCAACAAAUCGAAGGAUUUUGUAAGUUUUUCCCGUUCUCAAUAAAAAUCAUUCCAAAAAUCCUCAAUUUUUUGCAGAAAAGAAUCGCAAGCCUCAUGUCAAAAAUCACCGCAAUCAUCGAAUUUGUCGGUUUGUAAAAAUCAAUAUAAAAUCGGAAUGAUUUGUGAGUGUUUUUGAGAUGGAAAUCUGAAAUUUGAACUGAAAAACGUUUUGAUUUUCAGCCGAAAUGAUUCACACAGCUUCUUUGGUUCAUGAUGACGUCAUCGAUGAGGCAAAUACGCGAAGAGGUUCGGCUAGUGUGAAUGCGGUUUGGGGAAAUAAAAUGGUAAGAUUUUAAUAGGAAAAUUUGAUAGGAAAUCUACGAUGCUCCGCGUUUACGAGAGAAAAAUUGAUGAAAAUUGAUGGCUUUUGGGAAGUGGUGUUAACGUGGAGCAUUGUAUUCUCUGAAAUUUUCACAGAAGACUACAACACUCCGCAUUUACAGUCAGUUCUUGUUGGUGAUUUCAUCCUCGCCCGAACCACACAAAUCUUAUGCUCAACUAAAAACCCUCAAGUUAUUUCGGUGAUGGCUGGAAUUAUCGAAGAUUUGGUAUUGGGAGAAUUUAUGCAAAUGGCGACGCCACCCAAAAAUACGACACCAAAUCAAAAAAUGACGGCGUAUAUUGAAAAAACACACAGGAAGACGGCUAGUCUAUUUGCGAAUAGUUGUAGAUCAGUAGCAAUUUUGGCAGGUAAGAAAUCUGUGGGUUGAGGGAAAAAUUUGGAAUUAUAAAAGUAGAACUUGAAUUUCUGAAUUCUAAAAUUAAUUGAGUUCGAAAAUUUGGAAUUUUUAAGAAAAAAUUUAUCAAAAUUGAAAAAAAACGUUCAAAAACAUUUUCUCAGCAAUUCACCGUAUACAUUUCGAAAAUUCAAAAGUCGACCAAUAAAAUAACAAACAGUCAAAAUAUUUGCUAUUUGAAGAAUUAUAAAAAUUGUGAUAUGAAUAGGAGUUCUUUGUGCGUUUGGGCUGAAAAAUAAUAUUUUGUUUUCGAAGUCAUCAUAAAAAACUCACCCAUCUUUCAAUGCAUUAUAUUUUUGCUUUUUUGACACACAUAAAAAUAAAAUAAUUGCACAUAAACUGAGCAAUGGAUAAAUAGAAAAUGGUGGAAACGAAUAAAGAGAACAUGUUUUUCGUAAAACUUCGAGAAUUAAAAGCAUGAUAAUUAGAUGAAUUAUAGUUACACAAACUUUUUUCAAAAAAUGAGUUUGUAAUUGAAAAAGAUAAUAUAAGCAGAAAAGGUUCGAUGCAAAUAUUAGGAAAACUAUUAAAAAUAUAUAGAAAUUAGAAAUACGUUUCCAUGUGAAUUUAACAAUUCCUUGAUGAUUUAUUGAUUCUCCUGAUUCAUCAGGAGUUUCAAUGGUUUCUGUUUUUAUAUCAUGAAUUUCCCAAAUUUUGUUUCCAAUUCGACAAAAAUCAACUCGUCGUUCGAUUGAAAUACUCAAUGAAUAUUGAUUUUUUGGAAAGCUCACAGGGCUUGUUUUUAUUUCGCAUUUUUGAAUAUCAAAUGGAAAAUCAGCAAUAUUUGAAGUACAUAUUCCGGUUAUAUUCAUGUAUAAUUUGAAUAACACCCAUCCUGUGAAAUCUACACCAACAUUUCCAUGAAUUGUAUAGUUUCUAAAAAAAACCCAAGUUAUACAUACUUGCCUUUGCCCAUAUUUUUCAGCCUGAAUCAAAUAUAAAACCCACUCUGAAAAAGCUGAAAAAUUAGGUCUCCACAAAAUUCCACGGGGUGUCCAAUGAUACCAUUCAGUCAAAUUUUUAUCAGCUUUUUUGUUAACCAAUCGAUAAUCCUUAUAAUCUUGAUUAAUUUCUCCAAAUAUUUGGAAUUUUCCAUUUUCCUCAUCGAUUUCAUGUAGUUCGAGUUUGCAAAAUCGUUGUCUCAUUUUGAAAGUUGAAUCUGGUUUCAUUGGUGAUUCACUUUUACUAUUUUCAAGAUCGAAUUCGUGCAACAUUUGAUUACAAGUUAAAUUGCAAUAUUCAUUACAGAGAACUUGAGAAAAAUAAGAUAGAAGUAGAAAUAUUAUUGGGAAUUUCAUUUUUUAUUUUUGAUAAAUGAUAUAUUUUCAGGGUAUAAUAUCUUUUUAUAUUUAUUGAGAAAUAACCUCGUUUUUAUCGUUUAUUGUGAAAACAAAUUUCGAAAUUAUCUGAAUUUCAUAAUUUUGAAGAUAUCAAUCUUUUUGAAAAUUCUUUCCCAUUGUCAGAAAUGAUUUUGUACUUAUACCUUUCUGAAAAACACUCCUUAUCAGAUUCUCAUGAAAAUAUAUUUUUAAAGUGGUUAUUUGCUCCUAAAGUUACGAUUUUACAAAAUUUCAUGUCAUAACUUUUUGGAGAACAGGAUCGAGAUCAUCAGGUCAAAAAAUAAUAGAAAACUUAGGCUUCAUUAAAAGUUUCAAUUUAAAUUUGAAACAUAUACCUUGUCCAAUUUUCAGCUCAAAAAAUCCCGUUAAUUUUUUCAGACGAAACCAACGCAUCUCUUCAAAAUUUGGCGUAUGACUACGGUAGAAAUCUGGGAAUUGCUUUUCAAUUAGUCGACGAUUUAUUGGAUAUAAUUGCAACUGAAAAUGAGAUGGGAAAACCAACAUCGAUUGAUUUGAAAUUGGGUUUGGCGACGGCUCCCGUUUUAUUCGCAACUCAACAAUUUCCCGAAUUGGCCGAACUUGUUGCCCGAAAAUUCAAAAAUUCGGGAGAUAUUGAAAAAGCGACGGAAAUUGUGGCGAAUUCGAAUGGUAUUAAAAUGACUAGAAAAUUGAUUGCACAAUAUUCGGAAGCGGCUGAGAAAGCGGUGAGCAUUUUGUUUUUGAGGACUAAAUUUCCAUGUGGAUUUAAUUUUGGGUCCAACAAUUUUGGUCUCAACAUUACAGUUUUUCUGAAAAUCUGAUUCUAAUCCAAAAAAUUCACGCGGAAAACAUAAUUUGUUACCAAAGUUCAAAAUUUUGAAAACUGAAAGAUUCUUGGUACAAAAUCUUAUCCAUGUGAUUUUUUUCAAAAUUCGGUGUCCGGAUUUUUUAUUUCAAAAAAAAAACUGUGAGAAACUUCGAAAACAUCUGAAAAUUCUAGAACUAAAAAUUUAAAUGUUUAACAAAAAUAUCCCAUGUUUUGCAGGCUUCAUCUCUACCAAAUCGAAACGAGGCAACUGAAAGACUGAUAGAAUUGGCAAUUUCUCAAAGUGACCGAAAAUUCUAG